UUUUUUUUUUUUUUUUCCUUUUUUUUUAUACACGCACAAGGAGAAAUUAAUAUAUUACAUUACUCGCAUUCAUAACAUAAAGUUUUUAUCAUUUCCCAAUACAUUCAAACCAUGCCACUGCUCAAAGAAGGACUGAAAAAACUUUACUUCCCCUCCACCAUCAUCAAGCUAGUUCGCAAUGGCGCCAAUGUCCCUGAAGUUUCCAACACACUUACUUUCCGUGUUCCUCCUUCCAUGAACAAAUUUGAUAUCAAGUCCUAUCUCUCCAACAUCUACAACCUCAACGUUCUGAGCGUCCGUACGGCCAAUAUGCCUGUCAAGGUCGCCGGAGUUGGUGGGAACACCAUUUCGAAGCGUCAAAAGUUCAAGAAGGCUGUUGUCACUAUCGAUCAUGAAUUCAAAUGGCCUGAUGCUCCUGAUAGUAAAACCUUUGGAAUUCAGGAUGCUGUUCAGGAACGUGCUCGCUAUAUGAAUCGUCUCAAGGGUUGGAGAAUUAGACCUAGCCAGGAUAUCCAGGCUGCCAAGAAGGCCGCUGCCGCUGCAACGGAAGCUUCGUCCGCAUCUUCAACAGGAACAGCUACUACAAAGGAGACUAACGCAUAAAUAAAUCAGUGGAUAUUGAAAAUGAAGCGGGAGCGGAGGUUUUUCUUUUUUUUUUUUUAUACAUAUAUUCUUUUGCUU